CGCAUGCGCCCUGUGCAGCAGAGACGCUACCAUGGAGGAAUCUAACAUGGAGGUGUUCGUGAGUUCUCCGAGCUUCAGGUUCUCUACCUGGAUGUUUCCGGACAGAUGUUCAGUCCGAGACGUUCUGAGACGGUUCGUCCAGCAGCAGGGAGUUUCUUCUUCUUCAGAUUUCUACGUCAUCAGAAAUGGUCGACGAUCACAGCUGGAGGAUCCUCUGCAGCAGGGAGCCAUCUAUCACCUGGAGCCCCGCCUCUGUGGAGGGAAAGGGGGGUUUGGCUCCAUGCUGCGAGCUCUGGGCGCUCAGAUUGAGAAGACGACAAACCGUGAGGCCUGCAGAGACCUGAGUGGUCGACGCCUCCGAGACGUCAACCACGAGAAAGAGAUGGCAGAGUGGUUGAAGAAGCAGGCGGAGCGCGAGGCAGAGAAGGAGCAGCGUCGUCUGGAGCGUCUGCAGAGAAAACUGUCUGAACCCAAACACCAGUUCUCUGAUCCCGAGUACCAGCAGCAGUGUCACGACCUGUCGGAGAGACUCGAGGACUCGGUCAUCAAAGGUCUGCAGGCGUCCUCCAGCAGUCAGGUGAAGGUGGACGACGUCUCAGCAGCAAAGAGACCAAACUGUGAUCAGAGCGAGCAGCCGCACAAGAAGAAGAGGAAGACGACGGCGUCAGCAGCGGCGUCAGUGUGUUUCUGGACGGGACUGGGCGAGAUGCUGAGCUCAGAGGACGAAGACGACGACGCUGACGAUGAUGAGGAGGGAGGAGAGUCUCCGUCCACGUCCUCCUCUAGCUAUGCUGCUGCUGUUACCAUGACAACACAGACAGAGAAGUCUGAGCAGAGCAGCAGCUCGUCUGCUGCCUCCGACCGCAGCUCCUCUGCCACACCCGGACAGAGCUCCGCCGCACCUGGACAGAGCUCCGCCGCACCUGGACAGAGCUCCGCCGCACCCGGACAGAGCUCCGUCGCACCUGGACAGAGCUCCGUCGCACCCGGACAGAGCUCCGCCGCACCCGGACAGAGCUCCGUCACACCCGGACAGAGCUCCGCCACACCUGGACAGAGCUCCGUCACACCUGGACAGAGCUCCGUCACACCUGCAGAGGAGCAGAAACCAUCUGAGGAGUCCAGCUGUUGCUCUCAGCGGAAGGGCCAGUCUCCGGUAGAUCUGUCCUCGGUGUCCUCUGUGGCUCAGCUGGAGUCUCUGGGUCUGGACGUCCUGAAGGAGGAACUGAUGUCUCGAGGUUUGAAAUGCGGGGGAACACUGACGGAGCGUGCCGCCCGGCUUUUCUCUGUCAGAGGGCUGACUCGAGAUCAGAUUGACCCGACGCUACUCGCCAAACUGGCCAAGACAAAAAGGAAGUGACGAGGUCACAGCAGAGCCGAAUUAAAGGAGCAGUCCAGCUUUUUCCAUCUUACUGAAAAGUUCUCGUUACUGUUUGUCGUCAGUCAGUCGAGUUUCUGUAUUUGAGCUUUUUUUGUGCUUUUAAACAGUUUUGAGUUCUGUGAACAGAACUCAGGUAGAUGUUAACGUGGGGUUUAAUAGCUUUUAUAAUUUUGAGCUUCACUCUGCAGACGGAUCUUUUCUUAAUUGUUUUGUCUGAUUGGACUGAACUUUAUUAGCAGCAAAGACAAAAACACUGUUGGUUUAUGAAUUCGUCCAAUCAGAAGGCAGGAUUACUGUAUUAGUUUGAUCAGCAGCUGUGACUUGUGUAAAAAUCUCAUUCACUUGUUAAUCAGCUUCAAGUUUCUUUUGUUUGUGAAAGAUUCUUUUUAUUAAAUUGUUUCUGAAACAAAAAACAGCUGUUGUUCUUUUUUCAGGACUUUAAAGGAACAUUUAUGUUUGUGGGCGCAUAAAUCACAGCAGGAGUUUUCCCGUUAAACCAGGAAGUGGCUCGUCUAAAUGUUACCAGCUGAGCUUUGUGUGUCCAAAAUGAAGACCACAGGAAGUGACAUCAUUGAUGAUCCAAACACAAACAAAAUGUUUCAUCAUUUAAGUUAAAUAAUCACAUUUUACAUCCAUCAGUUCAGUCUGUUGAGCUUCCUGUCAGCAGACUUCCUGUUAGCAGCAAA